UUCAAAAAUAAUUAUGUAUCAACGAUUAAUAGAAGAAAUGCCCCCACUUUCACCUCCAAUUUCCAAAAAAUCAAAUGAAAAUGAAAGCUCAAAUUUAAAGAAAUGCACACUUUCUGUUGAGGGAAUGACUUGUUCUUCUUGUGUUGUUUCUAUUGAAAAGGCUAUUAAGCAAAUAAAAGGUAUUCAUUCAAUUACUGUUGUUCUCAUGUUUAUGAAGGCACAUGUUAUCUAUGAUAGCUCUUUAAUAAAUGCCUCGAAAAUUGCUCAGGAAAUUGAUGAUCUCGGUUUUGAAUGUCAAGUACUUACUGAUUCUGCGAAUAUUAAUGAAACUAUACACUUAUUGAUUGGUGGAAUGACUUCUUCAGUUUGUGCACACAGAAUUGAAUCACAUGUUAUAGCUAUGAGAGGUGUUGAAUCUUGCACAGUCUCACUUGAAACAACAAUUGCAAUAAUUGAAUAUUGUACUGCACAAAUUGGUUUAAGAGAUAUUGUUGAUAGAAUACAGUCACUCGGUUAUAGUGCUGAAUUAGCCACACAUGAUGAUCGUUUAAAACGGUUAGGGCAUGCAGAUGAUAUAGCUAAAUGGAAAGCUUCUUUCUUCAUUUCUUUAGUUUUUGGCGUUCCAGUAAUGGCUUUAAUGAUUUAUUUUCAUUGGUUUUUACAAACACCUAUGCAUCCAGAAAGACAAGUUCCAAUUUUUGUCAAAGCUUUGUCUAUGGAUAAUUUAAUUCUUUUUGUUCUUUCUACUCCUGUACAGUUUUUUGGAGGUUAUAAUUUUUAUUCUCAUUGUUGGCGUGCACUUUCACAUAAAACAGCAAAUAUGGAUUUAUUAGUUGCAUUAGCAACGUCAAUAGCUUAUAUUUAUUCUGUGUUCAUUAUUUUAAUGGGUAUUAUAUUAAAUUGGCCAUCAAGUCCGAUGACUUUUUUUGAUGUCCCUCCAAUGCUUUUAGUUUUUAUUUCACUUGGAAGAUGGCUUGAAUAUAAAGCUAAGGGAAAAACAUCAGAAGCAUUAAGUAAAUUAAUGUCAAUGCAGGCAAAAGUAGCCAUUCUAGUUACAAUUGAUGAGAAGACUGGUCAAAUAAUUACAGAAAGAGGAAUUGAAACAGAAUUUGUUCAAAGAGAUGAUCUUAUAAAAGUUAUGCCUGGAGAGAAAAUACCUGUAGAUGGAAUUGUUUUUGAAGGGAAAUCCUCUGCAGAUGAAUCUUUUAUUACCGGUGAAUCUAUGCCGGUGAUUAAAAAACCAGGAUCUCCAGUCAUUGGUGGUUCUAUAAAUCAAUCAACACCUAUAAUUAUAAAAGCAACUCAUGUUGGUAAAGAUUCUACUUUAGCCCAAAUUGUACGUUUAGUUGAAGAGGCACAGUCUUCUAAGGCUCCAAUUCAACAAAUGGCAGAUAAAUUGGCUGGUUAUUUUGUUCCAAUAGUUAUAUUAUUUUCUAUAAUAACAUUUAUUGUUUGGUUAUUUGUUGGUUUAAAUAAUACAAGUUUUUCUAAUAAUAAUCAUGGCCAUUCUGUCAAAAAUUCAUCAAUUAAUUCAAAUAAUUUAUCAAUAACUGAUUGGGAAUCUAUUUUGAGAAUAGCUUUUAAUUAUGCAAUUACUGUUUUGGCUAUAGCUUGUCCUUGUUCUUUAGGACUUGCUACACCCACAGCUAUAAUGGUUGGAACUGGUGUUGGUGCUUUAAAUGGAAUUUUAUUAAAAGGGGGUGAACCUUUGGAACAGGCACAUAAGAUUCGAACAGUUGUAUUCGACAAAACAGGAACUUUAACGGAAGGAAAGCCUCGAAUUGUUCGUUUAUAUUUAACACUUCCUCGAACACAUCUUUCUCUUCGACGUCUUGUUUUAUUGAUGGGAACUGCAGAAUCUAGUAGUGAGCAUCCUUUAGGGACUGCAAUUGUUGCUUUUGCUAAAAAUUUUCUUAAAAAUGAACAUUGGGCAACUGUUUAUAAUUUUCGAGCUGUUGCUGGUUCUGGAAUUUCUUGUGAAGUAUCUAAUUUAACAAAUGUAGAGGCUUCGAUUAUUUCUCAGCCAUCAGAAGAUAAUGAUGAAUGGCCAAGAGUUAAAUUAACAGGACUUUUUUCUUCUGAUUCGACAAAUGAUGUUGAGAAAAAUGUUGAAUUUCUUUCUAUUAAUCAAAAUAAGAUACUUUCAAUAUCUGAAGAUUGGAAUUCAUUAGAGCAAUAUACUGUUGUUAUUGGAACUGAAAGUUGGAUGUCUGAAAAUAAUAUUCAAAUAGAUAAUUCAAUUCGUGAAAGUUUGGAAAAUGAAAGGCAAUUAGGGAAUAUUUCUGUUUUAUGUGCUAUUAAUGGAAGAAUUGCAGCAGUUAUUUCAAUUGUAGAUGAAGUAAAAAAAGAAGCAGCAUUAGUUGUUUGGGCAUUACAGAAAAUGGGAAUGAAUGUUGUUUUGUUAACUGGGGAUAAUUCUAAAACAGCUGAGGCAACUGCUAGAAAAAUUGGGAUUCAUCAAGUUUUUGCCGAAGUAUUGCCAAAUCAAAAAAAGGAUAAAAUUCAACAAUUCCAAGUUAAUGAUAAUAUUGUUGCAAUGGUUGGAGAUGGAGUUAAUGAUAGUCCAGCAUUGGCUGCAGCAAAUGUUGGUAUAGCUAUUUCACACGGUUCUGAUGUUGCUAUUGAAAGUGCUGGAAUUGUUCUUAAUAAUCUGGUUGAUGUCGUUGGAGCAAUUUUAUUAUCAAAAAAAGUUGUUCGACGAAUAAGAAUUAACCUUUUCUUUGCUUUUAUUUACAAUUCUAUUGGUAUUCCUCUUGCUGCUGGAGCUUUUAGGCAUUGGGGUUUUUAUAUUCAACCUUGGAUGGCGGCAGCAGCAAUGGCUCUUUCUUCUGUAUCUGUUGUUACUAGCUCUUUAAUGCUACAUAAUUUUAAAAAACCAACAGAACGUUCUCUGUCCAAUGCAGAAUUUAGACGUUAUAAAAAGAAAUUACCUAGUCAAGAAACUGUGAAUGUAUAUAAAGGAUUUAUGCAGUUAGGACAACAAUUAAAACAAAAGAAGGGAUUAAUUGAAGCAACAGAAGCAGAUUUUUCUUUGUUAGAGAAUGGAGGAAAGAAAAAGAAAAGAGGAUGGUUUGGAAGAUUAAAUAGAGGAAAUAUAACACGUUCACCACCCCCACCUUUAAAUGGAAAUGGAGAAAAAUCUUUUGUUGACAAAGAUGCCUCUGAAAGAUUUCUUUCAUCAGAAAAUGAAAGCGAUGAUCCGGAAGGGAUGGAAGUAGUUGGAACUAAAAGAUUUUUUACUGUAAAGGCCUAA